AUUGUUUUCAUUUUGCUUCUCAUUUGUCUUGUGUAAUUGGAUAGGGCAGUCCGUAGCCGUCUCUGUAUGCAUUUCUCUCUCUCACACACACUCCGUCUCUCUCUCUCUCUCUGGUUUAUUGCCACUCUGACAUCAGGACUAUUGCAGUUGAAGGCUUUCGCUCCGACAGGGAUAUAUCAUUGCCAGCUACUAUUUCCCAGAGGCUUUUUACACACCAUAUCAAGAGAGCUGUGAGGAGAGAGAGAACCUCUCCCUUCACCCUGAGAGUCUGUCUGUCUGUCUGCAGAGCAUCUUUCAUGCGUCUCCUUGUGUCAGUCUCACAUCAACAUGAACUGUGAACAGGACUUUGGAGAGGGGGGCAUGAACGUCACCCUUACUCUACGGCUCCUCAUGCACGGAAAGGAAGUUGGCAGCAUCAUCGGAAAGAAAGGAGAGACAGUGAAGAAAAUACGAGAAGAGAGCAGCGCCCGUAUCAACAUCUCAGAGGGCUCGUGUCCAGAGAGGAUCAUCACUAUUACAGGACCUACAGACUGUGUCUUCAGAGCCUUCACUAUGAUCACUCUCAAACUGGAAGAGGACCUCACAACUCUGGUAGCCAAUGGCACGGUCACCAGCAAACCCCUCACCCUACGAUUGGUCAUUCCUGCCAGCCAAUGCGGUUCUCUCAUCGGGAAGGGCGGCUCCAAGAUCAAGGAGAUCAGAGAGACCACGGGGGCACAAGUACAGGUAGCAGGAGACCUCCUUCCCAACUCCACUGAGAGAGGAGUGACGAUAUCCGGGACCCAAGACGCCAUCAUCCAGUGUGUCAAGCUCAUCUGCACUGUCAUUCUCGAGUCACCUCCGAAGGGGGCCACCGUUCCAUAUCGACCCAGCCCCUCCCCUGGAACUGUCAUGAUCUCCGGGAACCAGGUGUUCGAGGCGUCUGAGUACGGGUCACACCCCCUCUUCCAAUUGGCCCAGGGAGGGCUGGAUCUACAACAAACGUACGCUGUACAGAACCAAUAUGGCAUUCCACAUUCAGAGUUGGCCAAGCUUCACCAGUUGUCUAUGCAGCAGCAAGGCCUGGCCGCCCAGAUGAACCAACAGCAGACCAACUCUGUCAUACCUGGAAUGGACUCCAAUUCACAGACCACAUCACAGGAGCUACUCAUUCCAAAUGAUCUCAUCGGCUCCAUCAUCGGGCGUCAGGGCACCAAGAUCAAUGAGAUCCGCCAGGUGUCAGGGGCUCAGAUAAAGAUCGGUAGCCAGCUGGACAGCACCAGUGAUAGAGCCGUCACCAUCACAGGGACACCCAUCUCUAUCAACCUGGCCCAAUACCUCAUCACCUCCUGUUUAGAGACCGCCAAAUCCACCGCCCAGUCUUCCUCCAUGUCGACCCCUGCUGACCUCACCAUGGCCUACAGCCAACCGCCCUCCCCAGCCCAAUCUUCAGCUGUGGCUGCUGCCACCCUGGCUGCCAUGGGCUGCCCUGGCAUGUCCCACCCCCACCCCCACGCUGCAGUCCCCAUGAUGGGCACCCACCCCUAUGGGGCCCUCCCCCUCUCCAGCCUCCUUGGAAUGCAAUCCAUGAAAUCCAUCCAAUCUGUCCCCUUCCUGGCUUUAUCCAACCCUGCCGCCAAUGCAGCCGCCGCCGCUGGGGCCCAUGCCCAGGCCCAGAUCUCCUACACAGCGAAGAUCUCCUCGGCCAAUGGGAUCGGGAAGAAACCGGAGAGACAGAAGUUUGCGCCAUACUGAUGACGUCCGUCUCCAUCCCGCCAUCACUCCAUCCUUCUCUCCAGCUCUCACUUCCGUCCCCGAGACAAGAAAGAAAGGGGGGAAGAAUGGAAGGAAGGUCUGUUUUUGUUGUUGUUGUUAUAUUCCUCCAUUAUCUUCUCUCUUCUAGUUGUGUAGUACAUUCUAGAGACUUUAGCCCUUAUCUUCAAUACACUAAGAGGAACUUUGGAUUAGUUCGUAUAGAAAGCUAUAUUUAUGUUGUCAGGCCGAGGAAGCCUAUCAAGCCAUAGUCUGUAUCUCAAAUGGAACCCAUCUCAGAUGGAACCCAUCUCAAAUGGAACCCAUCUCAGAUGGAACCCAUCUCAAAUGGAACCCAUCUCAGAUGGAACUCAUCUCAAAUGGAACCCAUCUCAAAUGGAACCCAUCUCAGAUGGAACUCAUCUCAGAUGGAACUCAUCUCAAAUGGAACCCAUCUCAAAUGGAACCCAUCUCAGAUGGAACUCAUCUCAAAUGGAACCCAUCUCAAAUGGAACCCAUCUCAGAUGGAACUCAUCUCAGAUGGAACCCUUCUCAAAUGGAACCCAUCUCAAAUGGAACCCAUCUCAGAUGGAACCCAUCUCAAAUGGAACCCAUCUCAGAUGGAACCCAUCUCAAAUGGAACUCAUCUCAAAUGGAACCCAUAUCAGAUGGAACCCAUCUCACCUUUAUAGUGCAGUUCUGUUGACCAGAGCUAAUGGUGCUCCAGGGUUCUAGGCCCCACCAGGGUUCUGAUCAAAAGUAGUGUAUUGUAUAUGGAAAAGGGUUCUGUUUGAGAUGCAGCCAUAGACUAUUAUUUCCUUCGCUUUUAUCCUCCUCUCACCGUCCUUUUCAUUCUACUCUACUGCUUUUAUUUAUUAUUGACUUCUACUGAAAUAUUCCCACAACGAGAUUAUACAUUUAAACACUGGUGACUGAUGCUCGACUGUAUGUUCCUGUAUCAGCUUUUAUACAAUGAUGUGUGUUCCUUCCUUUAUACAACUCCAAGUUUUUUUUUUGUAUUUGAAAAACGAUGUAAAAAAAAAAAAAAAAAAAGUUUUUUAAAAAUGACUUCAGACCUCUCUUUUAGUGUUAUUUUUGUCAUGUUUUUUUUGUCACAUUUUGUUAGAAAUGUGUUGUUUAAUUUAUUGUAUUUAUUAUGACGAGUAUUUCCUUUACAAUAAAAUGUUAGUUUUUUUAGGAGGAAAAUGGCUCCAGGUACUACUACAAAAACUACUAAUACUUCUCUUCCUUCCUGUCUCUUUUGACUAAAGAAGGCCUUUCUUCCUGUCUGUCUCCUACUAAAGCAAAGUUUUUUUUUUAGCAAUGUUAGGUUUCUGUUGAAUAGAGAGAAAGUGUUUUUCCACAUCUUAUAUGUCAAUAUAAUGAAUAAUUGAACACGCUAAAAGCAGGGUACAUGGAUUUAAACACCUAAAGCCCUCUUGGGAUGAGGGAUGAGUGAUGAGGAUGAGGGAUGAGGGAUGAGGAUGUUUUUCUCACCCCGGCUGUCAAACAAAUACUAGCUAUUCUAAUACUAGCUAUUCUUGACUAAUUCUGCAUGUUAGUUCGGCCACACACACAAGCGCACACACACACACACACACACACACACUGAAGCACACACACACAGGUUAAAACACACAUUGGGCUGGGUCUUUGUGUUGACAGACUCUAUAGACCUAAAUAACCACAAGCAGUGUGAAAGACAAGCAAUACUGAAGUGAAGGAGUGCAUCUGCUGUAGCCUACAGACCAAUAGAGACAGACAGGACAACAUAUAUACUACUACUACUACUACCACUGUAAUACAUUAUAACUCUAUCUUACUAGGGUGUUAUUGCAUUAGAGACGUUUUGUGUUGAGUUUUUAUAAAUAUGCCGUAAAAUAUGAACUCACUUAUUUUUAUAAAAACACCGAAACGAUGUAAGUUGUAGGGUAUUUACUGUGUUCACUUACUAGUAGAUCGCUCAUUCAUAGUCUGUCUCAAAAGCUGCCUUCUUCCCUGUACUGUGCACUACUUUUCACUACACUCGCUUGACAUAUAGUGCACUGUGUUGGCAAGGGUGCCUUUUUCGGGAUGCAGACACCCCACUGAACGUUGUUGUCAAAACCUCCGUCCACCGUGUGUGUUUUCUGUUCUCUCCUAACGUCUCGCACUGUAGCCCACUGUAGCCCACUGUAGCCCAUUUGCAUGAGUUCAAUUUGAAUUGAUGUCUAUGCAAAACAUCUCUUGAUGGUUCAGCAAAAUAUAUUUGUUGUUCUGCGUAGCUCGUAGUAAUCACUGAGACAAUAGUGACUGAUAGGAACGUUUUGGAGAGGAUACAGGGGGCUCGGGACGCAACAAUCUGGUAACUCCACCCGUUGGUUUUCUAGAAAUCUGAAUUUGAAGAUUCCCAGAAUCAGAAGGCAAUCAUCAGGAAAUCUACAAUCCUCCAACCAGGAUUUCUGGAAAACCUGGGAAUUUUGGAGAAAGUUACAAGAAUUUUGCAACCCUAGGAUCAGCAAUGCGGCAUUUGUUUUGGCUCUGGGUUUUUUAACCAUAAGGAUGACUAUAUAAAAGCAAUGCUCUCAUUCCAACUCUCUUUCUAAUGCGGAAGACACAUUUCAGUUGAAGGCAUUCAGUUGUACAACUGACUAGGUCUCCCCCGUUUCCCUGUACAACUGACUAGGUCUCCCCCGUUUCCCUGUACAACUGACUAGGUCUCCCCCGUUUCCCUGUACAACUGACUAGGUCUCCCCCGUUUCCCUGUACAACUGACUAGGUCUCCCCCGUUUCCCUGUACAACUGACUAGGUCUCCCCCGUUUCCCUGUACAACUGACUAGGUCUCCCCCGUUUCCCUGUACAACUGAAUAGGUCUCCCCCGUUUCCCUGUACAACUGACUAGGUCUCCCCCGUUUCCCUGUACAUCUACUAGGUCUCCCCCGUUUCCUUGUACAACUGACUAGUUAUCCCCCCGUUUCCCUUCCCUUUAAUACACAAUAUGCACAUGACUAUAACCCAAUCAAAAGGACACGAAACAAUACAAUAUUGCACUUAAACAUGAGCGUUUCUGUUGUCGUGGCAGAAUAGAUAUCAACACAUUGAUUAGAUACCGUCACACUUCUUGCAAUGUCUUUGUUUGUUUGUUUGUUUGUUUGUUUGUUUGCUUAACUAUCAUCACAGGAAAAGUUCUGUCGUUUGAAUCCACGUGAAGUUUUCCUCUGUUGUUUCUUUCUAUACAUUCUAAUAAACAAAACAAUAUGCAUCUA